AUGCCUACACUUUCAUGUGAUCCAGCAUAUUCACAGCUUUUAGAUAUGAACCAGAAGCUUCAUGAUGAGCUCCAAGAUGAGAUUUCUAUUAAUAAAAGUAAUAAAAGAAAAAUUUGCUCUCUUGUAAAGAAGCUUGAGCAAUAUUAUCGAACUAUUUCAUUACAGGAUAAUAUUAUCAUAGUUCAUGAAAAAGUGAUAAAGAAAUUUAAAUCAAAAAUUCUGAUUUGCAAAAACAGCUUAAGAUCUUACAACAAGAUAAAAAAUUUAAAGAUAAGGGGAGUUAGUACACCUAUGCAGAAUCCUGUCAAUGUUAUAGAUAGUAUCAGAGGCUCAUUAAAUACUAUUCAGGUUACUUUACAAAAUAUUACAGCUGAGCAUGAUCAAUAUCAAGACUUAUUAAACAAUACAAAUAGGUGGAUUGAAAGAACUGUAAGGGAAAGAGAUAAUGCUCAAGAAGAACAGGACUUAGCUAUUCUGGCUUAUAAUAAUGAUAAAAAAGAAUCCUGCCAUUGGUAUUUCUCAUAUCAGAAUAAAGAUAAACAUAUUAUAUUACAAAAUAACCUACUACAAAAUAUGGCUGCCAUAGAACAUGUUAUACAAACAUUAGCACUAUAUCUUGCUUCUCUUCCAGCUUAUGAUGGGCAAGAAACACCAGAUUCAUAUUAUGUAAAACUUAGAAAUAUAAAUGAAAUCACAUGGCCUAUGGCUGUCACUGGCUUUGAUGCUGUCACAAGAAUCAAUAAUAUGAAGAAGUUUCUAAAUUGGCUACAAGGUAAAUUUCAGGAAGUGAUGAUUGGUACAAAUCAGGCCACCCUAAAAGCUCUUAUGAGCGAAAAUGUAUUGCCAUAUCUUUAUAAUCAUAUACCUAUUAAUAUGCAAUUGAAAAUUAAAAUAACCAACUCUGCUGAUUUAAAUGCUUUCUUUAUAAAAUUAAGAAAUAUAUGGCUAGAAGCUGGAGAACAAUGUUCAGAAUUCUUAGACUAUAAUAAUGGAGGAUUGGAAAAAAGGUUAAAACGAAUUGAAGCCCACGUAGUCAAAUUUGCUAGAAAAGAUACCAGAGGUGCCAAAACACCUCAGCAUCAAUGCUCAGAGUCUUCACCUUUUGGAAGAUUGGAAAAAAGAUUAGAACAAAUCGAAGCCUUAAUAACUAAACUCAUCAAAAAAUCCAAAUUCAGAAGUAGUCAACUUCAUAUGGCUACAAAAAAAAAAGUGAAUUAUACUGAGCAAUGUGAGUAUUCUGAUAAAUCCUUAAAGUCUAAGGUCUCUAAUAAAUCUGAGCUUCGUAAAGUAAAGCAAGACAAUAAUUCAUCUUUUGCUCAUAAUGCCUCAUCAGAUAAAGAUAGUCAUGGUAAGCAUGUGUCUUUAGAAAAAACUAUUUGCAAAAUCAUUCAGAUCGAAUUUAAGAAUUAUCUUCCAUACAUAAUUAAGCAGACUAAAAAGUGCAUAUCUGCUUUAGCUCAUGAUUCAAAUGGAGAGAAUAUUUUGGAUGGUUCCAUAGAGAUAGAUUUUGUCAAAAAGAAGGAACCUACUACAAGUAUUGUAUCUAUAAAAUGCAAGAUUAAGUAUCUUAAAAUCCCAGCUAUGGUACUGGACUCCUGUGUCAAACUUCUUAUUAUAACACCUGAUAUUAUCGAGCAUGUAGGAUAUGAAAUCAACAAAUUCAUAAAACAUGAUCUUAGUGGCAUUGCUACUGUGCUGGUUAAAUCUAUUGGAGUUGUUCACAAUUUACUAAUAACUUUAGUUCCUGGAUUUACUAUAUAUAAAGAUUUUAUAGUUGUAAAAUACUCUAAGCCAAUGCUGAUUUUUUCGAACCCUCUUCUUAAGAAAUAUAAAUGUGCAAUUGACUAG